AAUCUCAACAUGUCAUUGAACCCAAAGACUGUUCAUAGGGAAUUUUUCGGGUUACCAGGUGCAAUUGGUAUCACACUUGGAUUGCCCACUCUCAUCACCUUUUUCGAGUUAGUUACAAAUGAAAAGUAUUCUGUCCAAGGAAUCAACCUUGAUUUGGAUACUAUCGCUAACCAAAUUCCAUCAUUUGCAGAGCUUAAACAGUAUGCAUUUGAUUCCAACUGUUGGAAGGCGUAUUUAACUUGGUUUUUCGGAUUAGUGGUGUUGGACUUUAUCCUCCCAGGUAAACGUCUCCAAGGUGUAGCCUUGAGAGAUGGUACGAAACUCACCUACAAGAUUAAUGGAUUAGCCAUGUCUGGAUGUUUGUUGGGACUUAUUGCUGCUAGAGUGUAUGCCUCUGAAGAUUAUUAUUUGCCUGAAUUGGCCUUUUUGUAUGCAAACAAAUUAUCAUUAAUUUUGGUUUCAACAUUAUUCUCCUUCUUUUUGGCAGUAUUCGUUUAUGUAUGUGCCUUUAUUCCCUUACGUACAGCUAAUGGGAAGGGAACUUCUGAACGUAUUCUUUCCAUCAAUGGUAACUCGGGUAACCCAAUCUAUGAUUGGUUUAUUGGUCGCGAGUUGAACCCAAGAAUUGGAUCUUGGGAUAUCAAGCUCUUUUGUGAGUUACGUCCUGGUAUGCUUUUAUGGUUACUUAUUAACCUCUCGUGUCUCCAUCAUCAAUACCAUACCACUGGUACUGUCACAGACUCUCUCAUCUUGGUUAAUGCCCUCCAGGCUUUCUAUAUCUUUGAUGGUGUCCUCAAUGAAGAAGGUUGUUUAACCAUGAUGGAUAUUACCACCGAUGGGUUUGGAUUCAUGUUGAGUUUUGGAGAUUUGGCAUGGCUUCCUUGGUCUUACUCCUUACAGGCUAGAUACUUGGCCUUGCCUGAAAACAAAUUGGUUUUGGGUAGACUUGCUAUUCUGGCCAUUGUAACAUUACAUUUUGUUGGUUACUACAUUUUCCAUUCUUCCAACAAACAAAAAUCUGACUUUAGACAAGGCAAGCUUGACCACUUGAAUUUUGAUAGCAUUAAGACCCAUACUGGGUCGAAGUUGUUAUGUGAUGGUUGGUGGGGAUUAUCACAACAUAUCAAUUACUUGGGUGAUUGGUUUAUUGGUUGGUCUUGGUGUUUGCCUACUGGUUUCCAGACCCCAUUAACUUACUUCUACGUGAUCUACUUUGGUACAUUAUUGUUGCACAGACAAGUUAGAGAUGAAGACAAGUGUAGACAAAAGUAUGGUAAGUAUUGGGUUGAGUAUGAAAAGAGAGUUCCAUACAAGAUUAUUCCAUAUUUGUAUUAA